CAUACAGGAAUUAUAGUUGGACAACAUGCCAGUAACUAUCAACAAAACGAUGAGCAAGAUAAUCGCCAACAUGAAAAAAGAAAAUAAAACCAUCAAAGAGAUCCAUGCAUGGCUCAAGGAAAGUGGCAUUAUAGUCACUUUAGAAACGGUGCGCUAUCAUGCAUUCGAGAGAACAACGCCCAGAUUUGUAUUUCCUACAAAAUGCACAUGGAGAGUGCAACAAAUUGUGGAGGAACUAACUCGUGAGGAUGAUGAGCGUACUGCUCUGCAAAUAAAACGAAUUCUCCAUUCCAAGUAUGACCUGGACAUAUCGGCCACCAGCAUCAGAAGGAUGCGACGGAAAAUGGGAUGGACCUUUGGCGCAACAAGGAUAUCUCCAAUGAUAAGAGAUGUGAAUAAAGAAAAGAGAGUGGAACAGGCACGGCGAUGGAUUGAGAGUGGUGAAACAUUUGAUGAUGUCAUUUUCACAGAUGAAUCGUCUGUUGCCCUUGAGCGGUUCUCCAGAAUGUCAUUCAGGAAACGUAACCAUAUCUCUUUAAAACCACGCCCAAAGCAUCCAUUGAAAGUCCAUGUAUGGGGAGGCAUAUCACGAUUAGGAGCUGGUCCCCUAUUAUUUUUCGAAGGAAUCAUGGAUAAGAAAUUUUUCCAAGAAACAAUAGUAGAGGAAUGUAUGGUACCAUUUGUGAAUAAAUAUUACCCAACUCACCAUAGGAUAUUCCAAGACAAUGAUCCUAAACACUCCGCCUCAGCCAAAUUUAUGGAAGAGAAAGAUCACCAGACAUGAACCCAAUCGAAUUAGUGUGGGCUCAAUUGAAGAGGUACGUUAGGAGUGUUGCAAAGCCAACAACAAAACAGCAACUGGUGGAUGGGAUAAAGAAAUUUUGGCU